AUGGAGUACAUGAAUCGCAUUUUCCAUCCUUAUUUGGAUCAAUUUGUGGUGGUGUUCAUAGACUACAUUUUGGUUUAUUCUAAGUCGGAGGAAGAGCAUGUGGAAAAUUUGCGUAUUGUUUUGCAAGUGUUGAAAGAGAAGAGAUUAUAUGCUAAGUUGUCUAAGUGUGAGUUUUGGUUGAGAGAAGUUAGCUUUCUUGGUCAUGUUGUUUUCGGUGACGGAAUUGCGGUUGAUCCAUCGAAGAUUGAUGCGGUGUUGCAAUGGGAAGCUCCUACGUCAGUUACCGAGAUAAGAAGUUUCCUAGGCUUUGCAGGUUACUAUGGGAGGUUUAUAGAAGACUUUUCUAAGUUGGCACUUCCUUUUACUAAGUUAACUUGUAAGCGUGCUGCUUUUGUAUGGGAUGUCCGAUGCGAAGAAAGUUUCCUUGAGUUGAAGAAAAGGUUGACAACGGCUCCGAUUUUGAUUUUUCCAAAUCUCGAGGAACCGUUUAUGGUUUAUUGCGAUGCUUCGAAGAUGGGAUUAGGAGGUGUGCUUAUGCAGAAUGGUUAA